CAGCUCCCAUAACUGAAGUCAGCAGACUCACACGCAUCAACAGUGGCUAUAUGAGAGGUUGAAACCGGAGCUUAAAACAUAGUAACCACUUUCUAUUUCAGUUUGAACGAUUUCACAUCAACACCGGUCCUAUUGCUUGUGAAUUGUUUCGAUGAGUUUUCAGGACUAAGAAAUUCUAAAUAGGAUUCAGGUACACUAUACCGUUAGAAAAUCAUAUGAUCUCCUCGACACAAAUAAGAGCAGACAAGAGUUGAUGAAAAAAUAAGAUAUGACGGUCAAAUAUACAGAGGAUUUGCGAAACGGAAAAAAUGAUGAGAAAACACCAAGCUGGAAAUUUUUUAGAUGCUUUUUCGGCUGCGAAGUUCGUUGAUGACCUCUUGAAAGAUGGAUCCAAGGUACCCUGCGACAAUACAAUUGAAGAAUUUGAAGUGAAUGACAUACCGAAAUUUUAUGAUGCAAAAAAAUACAAAGCGGGGCAAAACUUUUAUCAUAAACAUGUUUUCGCCUUGUUUUUCUCCAAGUUCUUAGGACUGAUUGUGACUCUAUCAUCAGCUUCAAUUCUCGCUGUUUUGAUAAUGACGAAGAUGUCAAGUUCUCCAAUGACAGCAUACAGGAGAUACGUUGCUACAAUAUUCCAUGUGAAUUUAUGGUAUGAGCAUGAACUCACUCCAGAUUCUAAAGCGAUGAAAUCAUUGAGAAGAAUCAAAUCUUUCCACAAUUCGGCUAGUAUGAGAUCUCGAAAAAUCGAAAGACCUCCGAUAACACAAACCGACAUGGUUUUGACUCAAUUCGGUUUUAUGGGGUUUGGAAUCGCCAGAACUGAGAUGAUUGGGGUGUAUGGGGCCACCAAGGAAGAACUGGAGGGCUAUAUUCAUUUUUGGAGGGUGAUUGGCUCUAUAAUGGGCAUUCAGGAUAGGUUCAACAUGUGCAGAGACUCCUUGGAAGAAACAAGGGAAAUAUGUGAGGAGCUGAUAAACAGGGUGUACCGUCCUUACGUCGCCAAGAAAGACAAGGACUUCGUGGAGAUGACCUCCUACCUCACCGACGGUCUCUGGUACACCAACCCAAUGCUCAACUAUCGUGUAUUUGUCUCCUUCAUGUACGAUAUGUUGCAGCCAAAAGAGUGCCUGAACAACAACCAUGAGAGUUAUUUUGAUCUAGGUUUCUUCGAGAGAUGGUACUACAAAAUCUUGUACGGUCUCAUGUAUUCCCUGAAGUAUGACAUUUGUAGGUUAUAUCAUAAUUUCCAUCAUCAUCUAAGAAUGUGGAUUAUCCAUUGGUAUCCUUUUUUGGCAGUCUUCAAGUUCGGUUAUAAAAACGCUAUGGUUUCUAUAGAUAUCAAUAAUGUGAAAACUCAUGCGAAUUGAUUACGAUUGAAAAGAAAGGGAAAGAGUCAUAUUUUGAUCUUAAUGAUAGCUAUGACGUCCAAAAAAAAUCUAUAGUAUUAUAUAGAGAAAGAACCCGGAAAACAUACAAAUUAUCGUUGCAUUGUGUAUAUUCUGUUAUGAAUGACGGUUCUCUCCUGAUGUUUUUGUACUCUCUCCGUCCGAGGGGUGGAUAAACGUACAUAGAGGGAGCAUAUGUCAUUUUCAGUAAGCAAAUUUUGUCCCCAACAUGAACUAUCAAAAUUGACAUGAAGCGCGCGGAAAUGAAAACAUCAGUGAUACGAUAUUUCACUCAAUUCGCGAGUUU